ACGGCACAACACUAAACGGCACGCGCGGUUUUUUGCCGGCAACAGUUGGACGUCGGUGAUCAGUCGGUGCACGGCCAUGCGUGUGCUAUCUACAGGCGACCGUGGUUAAGUAGUAGUCAGUCUCGAGAUUUUUCUUUUACUCCGAAUGUCCAGCGAAAAUUAUCGUCAGUCAUGACAGAUAAACCUCGGGUGGUGUCGGCUUGCAUGAAACGAAUCAUCCGGGCCAGCGGAAAGACACAGAAACCUUUGAUAUCAGGAUCGGUGACAGCCACGUUAGGAGACGAGUUGACGUUCGGCAGUGGUGCAUUUACGGGCCGUUGUGUGGCUGAAGUUCGCGACGGACACCUGUUGAUUCGAUGGGACAGUCCAGCCGGAUAUUGUUGGAAGCUCUUAUUGAAACACCUAAAUCUUAUGUCUUGCGAACACUCUACUUACGGAUUUCGUCUCACACGGCUCGCCUCCACAACGCCAAUCAUAUCCAUAACAGCCGAUAAUGAAACCGAUUAUCAUCACUGGACGACGACAAUCGCGGGUCAACUUUUAAGUCAAACUCCCCUAGAAGACGUUAAGUUCCUGGACAUACUCGGCAUAGUCUCGAGUGGACUACCCUGUAGAAGACACUCGGCCAUAGAAACAGCUUCGCCAGUAUCCCCGUUGAAGCAUAAAAAAAAUAGUCUAGAUAUGCAGGAAGUGAACAACAACAACACAUUGUCGUUGUUUGGUUCACGCAUGUAUAAGAAAAAUGUAUCAUGUCUACCCGAUUUAAUAAGAGAAUGUGAAAGAUCCCGCAGCCCCCACAUCGAUGAAUUCUAUGACUAUGUCCCUGUAAAGCAAAAGCGAAUGAUGUUUGAAGGAUCGUUGUUCUGUUCAUCGAAAAGUGUAAAUGACUUACACGAUCUAUCCGCUCGUCUGCCGAAUAACACCAAGUCUAGAUCGAUGCAGAACUUGGACCUGAAUACAGUGCCCGUUAAAGACAUAUGUAGGUACUUCGAGAAUAGAUUUAACGCCAACGAAAAAACUACUGCACAGUUCAGAUCACUUUAUUAGAUGGCGCCUACACAACGCAAGAUGAUCUGGUGACCGACGUUGUGGCAGAUAAUUUUAGUCAACAAAGAAACAAUGUUCCAAAGAUUUUAGAAACUAUUACGAUAAUAUAUUAUUUAAUGUAUAUUAAUGUAUACUCUUUAGUCAUAACAAAUAGCUUUGUUUCCAAAUAAAUAAAAAC